UGGCAACCCUGCUUAACGUUGACAUUGCUGUUCAAGAUGGCGGCGGCCACAACAUGCCGCCUUGCUGCAAUUUGCAGACAAUUUCAAAGCGCUGUUAAAAUAUCUUUGCCAACCAAAGCUCAAUAUUCAUCACAUACAUUGCUUAGCUAUCGUUCCUGCAUUCAAAGGCGUCCUGAUCUUGCUCGCUAUGUCCACACAUCAGUCAGCAGAUGGGGCCUCGAGGAAUUCUUUGACCUGCCUGAAAACUGGGGAGAGACUACAGUUAAAUCAGGUUCUCCAUGGACAGCUAAACAGCUUAGAGCAAAGAGUAAUGAAGACCUGCACAAGCUGUGGUAUGUUCUUCUAAAGGAAAAGAAUAUGCUGCAAACAAUAGAACAAGAGGCAAAGCGGCAAUGUGUUUCAAUGCCCAGUCCAGAACGUAUUAAAAAGGUGGAAAGAUCUAUGCAGAGGCUUGACGUUGUUGUGAAAGAACGAGAAGAUGCUCUCCGUUUACUACAGACAGGACAAGAAAAAGGCAGACCCGGAGAAUGGAGGAGAAACAUCUUUGGCAAAACGUUCUGGUACCGUUUUAGAGAGCAUCCUGUCCCCUGGUACAUGAACAAGAUCUACAAGAGGAAACGUUUCUACACACCAUCAUAUGUCUCCCCUUACAUAAGGCUAAGUCUUGAGAAACACCUGAGGAGUAAAACAAGGAGAGAAAGGAAGGAGAAACAAAAGCAGAAGAAAGUGGCUGAGCUUUUCUCUAAAAAGACUGCACAAGCAUGAGAUGGCCCAGGCUAAAAAAAAAAAAGUUCAUUUUGCUAAAUAAUGAACCCAAUUCUUCAUGUGUGGAUUGAGCCCCGUCUUUUUAUUCUGGUGUUAGUUAAUUAAUUGCAGGAAUAGUCAUCGUUUUCUCUGAGUAAAGCACUGACUACAGAUAUGUACAGUAGAUGUGUGUCUGUAAACAAACUAAAUGACAGUACAUGUACAUUUUAAAUGCAUAAUGAUCCAAAGUCAAUUAAAAACACAAAUCUGUCACAAAAA